AUGACCAUCUACAGUCUGUAUAUCUUCGACAGACACUGUACAUGCGUAUACUAUCAGGAUUGGCACCGCACUAAGCGACCGCGACCCGCCUCCUCAGGCGCUCUCCUUCCCGGUGUGUCCAACGCCGUAUCUGGCCAGUCAGACUCCCAAGCAGGGCAGCGUGCCUCUCUCACACCAACUGGUGGUGUCGUAGUUGCUUUGGGAAAUGGCGAGCUGGAUAGGAUGGAUGGGCCAACGAGCAUGAGCACACUGUCGUUUGACGAGGAAGCAAAGCUCGUAUAUGGUGUGAUCUUGAGCUUGCGACAGAUGGUGAAGAAGAUAGCUGUCAAGGAUGAUACACUGUCGAAUUAUCGCACGUCAACUUACAAGCUUCAUCUGUACGAGACGAUGACGGGGUACAAGUUCGUUAUCCUCACCGACCCAAACGCCGAGUCGCUGCGCUUUGCUCUGCGGCAAAUCUAUACGGGCCCCUUCUUAGACUACGUUGUGCGAAAUCCGCUGAUGGUCAUGGACUCGAAAGAGCAGGGCAUAGACAACGAGUACUUCAGGGCCGCGGUAGAUCGCUUCGUUCGCGGUCUGUCCAUGUAUAACUGA